AUGUCAGUAUUUCAUGAUGAGGUGAAGAUCAAGGACUUUCAAUAUGACAAGGACUUGGAGACCUAUUUCUGCCCCUGCCCCUGUGGGAAUAGCUUCUCCAUCAUCAAGGAAGAUUUGGAAAAUGGAGACGAUGUGGCAAUGCGUCCAGGUGUGAUUUAUGACAAAGAUCAGUUCAUGUGUGGAGAAACAGUCCCAGCACUUUCAAGCAACUAA